AUGAGUUCCGCAACGCCUGUUUAUAAUUUUAUCGAGUUAGGAUUAGAAGAAUAUGAGGAAAAUGAAAUGGUACUUGAUGUGGUACAUGAUUUAAUGACAUUUUUUAAAGAUUCUACAAACUGUACUUGCCGAAAUUCUUCUAAUAAAAAAGAUCUAAGAACCUGUUUUGAAAAAGUAGGAUUUAAGCGUUUUUUUGAAAGACACUUGGAAUUAAAAGCAUUAGAAAAACAUGAAUUUGAACUUCAUAUAAAAAGCCAAUUAAUGGUCUUUGAAAUUUCAAAUGAAAAAGAUGAAAAAAACGAAAAAGAUAAAAAAUCACGUCAUUCAUACCGAUAUAGCUUUAAUAUAUCUUUACCACUUUGUAAACCUGCCUAUAUGAAAUUAUGCAAUUUAAAUGAUUAUAAACUUUUAACUUUACAAACUCAUCUUCAAGAAAAUGGAUUAAUUGAGCGUACUCAUGGCAAUACUGGACGUGUUUCAAGGCGAAAUUCUAAAGUCUUUGUUGAUUUCAAUAUAAAAUCUUCUGUUAAAGAAUAUUUAGUACAAUAUGGAACUAUUUAUGGUUUACCAUCUCCUAUGAGACAUCGUAAUGAUUCUGGAAAUUUUAUAUAUCUUCCAACUGGUGAAAAUUAUACUUCAAUAUAUAAGAAAUACAAAGAAGAUUUUUAUCUUGAACAUGAUGAAAGUGAAACAAUCAUUUCUUAUUCUACAUUUCGUAGACUUUGGCACGAAUUAAUACAUAAUCUCAAAUUCCAACCUUCUGCAUCUGAUCUUUGUGAAAAGUGUGUAGAAUUCAAAGCAAAAAUGCAAGCAGCGAAAAGUGAUAUUGAUAAAUACAAUAUUAUAAAAGAUAAAUAUGAAGAACACCAUAAAGCAGCAGAUCUUGAACGAAAACAUUAUAAUGAUAAUAUCGAAAAAAGCAAACAGGAUUUAUCUAUAGCACAUAUUUGUUAUGAUUGGGCACAAAAUGUAUCAAUUCCAUAUUCACCACAGCAAGUUGGAUCAAUUUUUUUUAAAACAGCCUAUGCUAUUCAUUUAUUUGGUGUUUGCAAAACCGAAGGUGGAGAAAAUAGACAAAUAAAUUUUGUUAUUACGGAAGAUGAAUUUCCUAAAAGUGUGUCAAAAGGGGCUAAUACAACAUUAAAUAUGGUUUAUCAAGCAAUUAAAACAUUUGAUAAAGAUGGAAAAAAAGAUUUACAUAUUACAUGUCAUACAAAAUUCAUUUGUGAUUCAUUUUUUGGACAUAUAAAAAAAACUUAUCGAAAUCAAAAAGUUAAUACUGUAGAUGAUAUUGAAGAUAUUGUAAAUAAUUCAUCAAAAGGUAAUGAAGGACUUAGUAAUUUAUCAGAAGAUUUAGGAAAAGUUUAUUGUUCUAAAAAUUCUGGUGGUGUUGAAAUUUGCCAUAAGCUUUUACGUGAUGAUAAUAAUUUUAAUAUAAAUGAAAAAUUAGAUAUUUUGGAUGUUAUGCAUAUAUCUGAAGAAAGAAAAAAAUAUUUAUAUCAAAAAAUUCGUCAAAAUAUAGAAGAUCCAUACAAAGAUGUUUAUUAUCUUUAA